CAACUUUUAGAUUGGCGCGGACGACGAUGGCCGAGACGACCGAGGUAGACUUCCUUGCCGACUGGCAUGGCGCUGAGUCGCCGGCCGCCCGGCGCCAUGCGCCUACGAAGGAGGCGACGACGCCCGCCGGCUACUCGCCCUCGAGCUUCUUCCGGUCGCCGUACAGCAGCAGCAGCAAGAAGGAGACGGAGAAGGGCCAUACGACGCCAGUCCGGACGCGGAAGCGCAGCUGGAUGGACGACAAGCAGCAGCACGCCUCGGCCUACGUGUUGAGCCCGUUCUCGGACUGGAAGAUCGACGACCACGAGAAGGGCCAAUUCCGCUUUCUCAUGUCGCCCAUCAAGACCACCGAGCAGGACCACCAGAGCUUCUUCUCGUUUGCCCACUCACUACCGCCGAUUGUCGACGUUAGCACACUCGACGAGGCCGCGUCGCCAGCGCUAUCGACGCGCCUCGCGCCGCUCACGCCCGUCCUCAUGGGCUCACUCACCAAGCUGAUGCCGCCGUUCCGGCAAGACAUGACGCCCGACACCGACACCGAGUGCCCUCGCGUCGCGCAGCGUCUCGACUUUGACUGCUCGCCAUCCUCGGCCUUUGCGACGUCGUUUCCCAACUUUCAGGCGUCAACGAGCGCAACGCCGGGUCGUCUCCACCGCGCCGAGAGCACGCCCGGGUCCGCGACCGUCAUCCAGCUCUCGAGCACACUAAGCACGCAGCAAAGCCUCAAGUCCAUCAACGAUUCCUUGCGCAAGGAGAACAAGGCCGCGACCAAGAAUGCCAAGGCCGUGCGUGCGCUGAGUGAAACCAGCCUGAGCUUGGGCCACAGCAUGCGGCUUGCGGGCCCGACGCCGCCCACGACCGCGCCACGCAAGCUCAAAGUCGUCUCGCGGGACAUCGAGUCGGUCACGAAGCGCCUCGACAUGAGCGACGACGUCGACGACGUCAAAGGCGAGGAGCCGGUCGUUGCGACAGUUGCAAAGAAGCUGCGGCUCUCGGCGCCGACCGUCCGCAUCAAGCACGAAGUCCCAGUGCCCGUGGUCCCGCCACCGACACUCGCCGUGACGCCCAAGAAGCGAAAUCCGUGCAACUGCAAGAAGUCCAAGUGCCUCAAGCUCUACUGCGAGUGCUUUGCGUCCGGGGGCUUUUGCGACGAGAGCUGCAAGUGCGUCGGGUGCGCCAACACGCCGGCGUCCGAGCCGCUGCGCACCGAAGCCAUCACGUUGACGCUCGAGCGCAACCCGAACGCGUUCCGGCCCAAGAUCAAGAAGGAGGAGACGACGCCGAUCCACCACAACGGGUGCCACUGCAAAAAAUCGUUUUGCCAGAAAAAGUACUGCGAGUGUUUCCAGGCCGGUGUGCCCUGCGGCGACAACUGCAAGUGCAUCGACUGCAAGAACCAGCCGGGCGGCUGUGCACAGCAUACGGCGGGUCGGUCCGCCGCCAAGCACAAAGCCGUGCCAGCGCUUCUGCGCCAUGUGACAGCGCCCAAACCCGGCACCAACAUGGUCCGAACGACGUCGGCGGUCACGCCCGUCAAGACACGGACGCCGCUCGUCGUCAAGCGGGCCACGAGUCUCGACCUCAAGACACCCAAAGACCUUGCGUUUAGCGCCAGCAUUCUACGGGAGAAGUCGGGGACGCCGCUCAAAGCGCGACGCGAGGCCAAGCUCGUGGUGUACCCUCUCUUUGGCGAAGACAAGCCGCCCGUGCGGAGAGACGUGGCGCUUCGGAUCCUCGACUGCCUCACGCCCGCCGACCUCUACAACGCAAGCAUUGUCAACCGACUAUGGAACGGCAUGGCCAUGAGCCAAGAGGUUUGGGACUACACGCAGCUCGAGCCCGACCCGUCGCGAUAAUGUCAAUAGGACGAGAUAGAGACCAUGUACAUUGAGUGUAGCCAUAUCCUAGUAAAAAUGUCCGCGGUUACUUUUGGA